AUGGUCUGGUCUGGACGAAGAAGCUCAGAACAACAUGUUGCUCAGCAAAACAUUUCCCAGGAACAACAGAAUGCUCAAGAAGAACAGGCUGCUGAGGACUCGAUUGACGAGGAACAGUCUGCUGAGGACGCGAAUUCCCAAGAACAGAUUGGGGAACAGGCUGCCCAGACGCUGGAAGGUUUGUAUCAGAGUUUCAAUAUACGGAUUGAUGCAGUCUAUAAAGAGGCUGUCAAGCCCUGGGAGCGAUUUGCUCAUGGAGGUUUAGCCCAGGAAGAGGCUGCACAGCCUCACAUUGAAGUCGAAUCCCUCCAGGAUGAGAUGGAUGGAGUAGAAAAUACUGCUCAAGCCCAGGAAGCCCAGCCCCAGGCUAAUCUAGAAAACCUCAAUGUGGAGGCCAUAUCACAGUUGGAGGAUAACGAUAUAUCUAUGGGAGAAAACCAUGAUGUAGACAAGGAUGUUUUAAUCAAAGAAGAAGAACCAGAAGAAGAAGAAGAACCAGAAGAAAAACAAGAUGAUGAUGUUGUAAUCAAAGAAGAAAAUGAUGAUGAUGAAGAUGAUGUGAAUGAAGAAGAUGAGGGGUUGAUGGAUCAUCUGGAGGCUAAUUCAGAAUAUCCUGGGAUAGGGAUUGAUUGUGAUACCAUUGAAGAUGACAAUGAAGGUGAUGAUAACAAUAAAGAUGGUUAUGAAAAUGAUCAUAAUUCACAAUUUCAUGAUCAUCACCCUUAUAAUGACCAUAUGAGACAUAUGGAUGGUACUUUCUGUCCUUUUAGCAAUAGCAACAAUCAAAUUCCCCAUGCGAACAUCGAGAAUAAUUACUGGCAACCUUGGCAUCAUGACGCCACUGAGUGCACUAAUUGUGCAUUUUUCUUGCAUAGACACCUUCCCAUGCAUUGCGGACACUUUCCCAUGUGUUUCCCCAAUAUGUUUCCCUCUCCUCAAACGUUCUUUGAUCCUUCCAGCAACAAUUCUGCAAAUAGCAGCCAACGUAUAAAUUGAAUUCAAUUGUAUCAUUUACUAUCCUCAUGUGUACUUUUUGGAAAACUUUCAAAUGAAAAACGUUGCUGCUAUACAAGUAAAACAUUAUAAUAAAAACAAUAUAAAAAUCUUGAGGUACCCUUUAUUUAAAUAAAUAUUUAUUUAUCCUUGCUAUAUAAUAAAUAUUUAUUUAUUUAAAUAAAGGGUACUUCAAGAUUUUUAUAUUGUUUUUAUUAUUUUGUUAAAAAGUAGCCCAUGUGAGUGAAGUGUUUUUAAAAAACCUUAUAUUAGGGAAAACAUAUUCUCACGUGAAAUUGAACUUUGAAUUCAAAAACAUCAGUCACAUUGGUGUGACCCAGCUGUUUCGCUGUCAUAUAAUGCGUUGGAAAAAUGCCGAGAUUGAGCAAUUCCAUUGCUGAGGGAUCGAAACCGCAUCGGUUUCUAAAAACUGACUAAGUAUGGUUUUUAGUUGCCAUUCGUUGAGCAGAAGAAUGAAUCUGAAGGGAAUGUUACUUUUCUUAAUCUGAAAAAAACACUAAAAGCGUAUAAAUGUUGUAAAGGUAUGAAUCUGACUUGAAAGUUGAAAAAAGCGUUUCUCUCAUCAAAACAUCACUUUUGAACCGCUAACCUAACCCAACCUAACACUCUUCUUUAUACUCACUUCUUCUUAUAUACGUCUUACUUCUUAUACACAUUUUCUUCUCCUUGACUCCGUUCACUAUGAACUUCUUGCACUCACCAGCCACAAUUAAUCAAUCAAUCAAUCUUUAUAACAAUAGCCACAGGUGGCGAUCAUCUUCAGUCUCAAACUUUGCAGAAAUUAUUGAAGGUUACUGCAAAUCAACACAUGCACGUCACUGUUGUUUGCUCUGGUCACUGGUCACAUACAUCACAAGCUUUGGCCAAACUUGUCAAAGAAACAGCUUCAUCGUCCUCUACAGUUCUUGAUUAAACUCCAAAGAAAAAAAAGUGAAGUCAUAGGUAUAUUUUCCAUGUUGCGUACAUACUUAUACUCCACGAACACGCGCAUUUCACUAUCCAUCAGCUUAUUAUAUCUGUAUUUGUUCAGAAACAGUAAGAUUCAGUUAUAAAUAAUAAGCAUAACAUCAGCUGGUGGAAAGCGAAAUGCUCAUGUUCUAUUUAUUUAUUUAUUCGUAGAUACAAUCACAAAUCAUAUAAAUAUGUUCGUGGCGUGUAAGUCUGUAUGCACCCUUAUGCAAAGCUGAGGAAGAGUACAACAGUGCAGCUAAGGAUGGGAACGGGCAUAGACAUUAGAAUAUCAUCCCAAAAAGUGUGAAUGAUUUUUUACUUUCCUU